CAUGGGCUUGGGGGCAUGGACCUAUACCAAAUCUCUCAUACAGCAAUAUAGUCCAUCAUUUCGGCUGCGCCUUUCUUUCGAGGCACAUCUUUCACAGUUUCACAGCCUUGACAGCUCCCUUCUGCUCGCCCGACUCCAAGAGACCUUGCAGGACAAUCAGGUCCCCGAGAGCUUGCUGGGGACUUUGUCGUGGGUCAGGGGUUCCCGACACGAUGCUUGCGGCGAAAGCCUCAACCUCGGACUUGACUCCGGCACCAAAGGCAAAGGACUCCUCUUCUUCUACUUUCUUUCCGUCCGCGUCCUUUCGCACCACCUUGACCGACACAGGGGUGACGGUCACUGAACCUUUGUUGGUGGCGGCGAAUAUCUCAAAGCCUCCCUUGAACUCGGUGCCAAAGGACACGUUGAAAGAGCCGCUGCGUCCACUCGUUGUGCGAAGAAUGCCGUGAACGGUGUCGACAGGGGCAAGUUUGGGUUCCAAAAGCGCCGUGUAGGCUGCCAGCGAACUGAUGUCCUCUCCGACCGCGCUGAGAAGGUGUCUCACUCCCGCGACGAAGUGAACACCUCCAUCCAACAAGAAACCUCCCUGAUACUCUGGAGUUUUGCGCCUUCGAAAACGGUCAGUAAAAAUCGGAUGUAGCGGUGUACCAGAUGCCCCCCGGGCGUCCGGCAAGCUCAAACCUACCACUCUGUCUGGUAGAACUUGUCGUUCUCGUCGACCAGAGCAAACAGAUUCAUGCUGAAUGUGGUCACUUGACCACCAAUCUCCUUUAAUUUCGAAUGGCCACAAACGACUGGACAGAUGAAGCGGAAAUUCUCUCCGAUUGCCCAGAUGGACUUGAUCGAAGACGCUUCACGCCACCUGAUCAGUUCUUCUGCUGUUGCUACAUCUUUGGCGAUGGGCUUCUCGCUGAGAACAUGCUUUCCAGCUUUCAUCGCUUUCCGAAUGAGUUCUGGUUGAGCAAGAAUCGGGACACAGAUGAUCACCGCAUCGAUGUCCGAGCGCUUCAGUAAGUCGUCAACCGACUUGCCAGCAGCACUGGGCGAAUCAUAGUAGAUGUCGGCAUUGCUUUCACUCUGGGCGGCCAGAGCUUCAGCAGACUUUGAAGACCUUGAGUACACUGCUUUUAGUUCUACCACGCUGAGUGAGUUGAUUGCUGGAAUAUAUUCUUUACAGGAAAUCGUGUUAGUCGUUUGCACAAUUUUCAGAUAAGAUUUCUUGAGGACUACUUGCCUUCGCGGGCGAAGAUUCCAGCCCCCAGAAUGGCUAAUGAAACAGGCAUGAUAUUCUCGGCAGUAGUCGAAAGGGUGUUUUUGAAUAGUGCAUUAAUUCGAAUGCUGAGAUUCCGAGUGUCUUCGGUCAAGUCGUCAAAUGAUGAUCUUGAAAUAUCUUUGUCUCUCUCUCCCUCUCGCGCCGAGUCUUUCGAUAUGCUAGGCCGACUCCACUCUCAGUCCAGGUCCUGGACAAAUUUCCUGACCCCAUACAGAUGAUGGACGGUCAGAUUCCGUUUCAACCGAGCCUGCUGAGUCGUCAAAUGCACUGUCGGCGGGUUCUCGUGCCAUCGCUGACGCCCCAUGGGGCGACCCUGAAUCUGAUGAUUUCUCCACUGAUCGGAUGUCCGGUUCGGUUCGGCUUCGAAUCAACAACCUCCUCCGUUACAGUAUUUAGUGGGUUCUACUUGGAUUCUCCUGGGAUUUCCCCAUUCUAUCGGAGUUGCACCGACCGGCAUCGCAAUUGUUCCUCUUGGGCAGCGCGGAGGGGAAAGUUGCAAUCAUGAACGUUUGCUCGGUGGAAAGAAAGGAUAUACCGCUCCGAAUGAACGAUCACUACACCGAACGCACCGUGGUCUGAGGUCCAAGGGUGAGAUUGAUAAAGCAUCCACACAGCUCUAACACUUCUUGCCCUUGCUUUGAAUUCAACAAGUUCCUCUUCAGACAUUGUCCUCUAUCUAACAAGCAAGAUGCCUUCGGCAAAGAUUCCUCUCGAGCACCAAGAUGUGGUUGUUGUACCGCUUUCCGACGAGGAAAGGAUCUCGGGGAACUUGACGCCUCCCAACAUCGGCAAAGCCAUCGCGGCAAUGCACCGCGAUGGCAUCGUCGUCCUCGAAAACGCCGUCGAUGUUGAACAUGUAGAUACGCUGAACAGAAUGCUUUCAGAGGAGGCGAAGAUCAUGGCAACCCUUCCAACCACGCACUUUAACGACGUAAGUCUGGAAAGGACCUGCAUGUCAUGCCCUGGCAGCACGAAAAGCCCAACUGAUGACCCCCCCCCUUUUCUAGUUUUCCACCGAUGGAAGGAAAACUGGCAACAUGUCACAAGGACCACCGCUGUCGCCUGACCUGAUGUACGAGGACAUAUGGGCAAACUCUCCGGCAGAGCAAGUGCUGUCGUACAUCCUGGGACCGAAACCUUGUGUCAACUAUGUCAACGGCAACACCGCCCUGGGUGGAUUCAACGCGCGACAACAUGUCCACGCCGAUCUCACCUUCAACCAUGGAACGUUUCCCUUUGCAAUAGUGACCAAUUUCUAUCUCAGUGACGUUUCCCCCGCCAAUGGAAGUACCGAGCUCUGGGUGGCGACUCAUCGUGGUACCACUUUUGCCGACCACCGCAACUGUGGUAUCGAAUAUCCUCCCGGGACACCCGCCGAAAACAUGGAUUUCGGCAUCAGGCACGAACUCUUGGAAGAACGAAGACGAACGGCGCCUCCGAUCCAACCUGUCGUGAAGAAGGGGUCAGUCGUCCUUCGUGAUCUUCGCCUGUGGCACGCAGGCUUGUCGAACCCGGCGGUUGACCCUCGGAUAAUGCUUGCGUUUGUCCACACCCCUGCGUGGUACGAAUGCCCGGCCAAGGUCGUCCUGCCUGAAGCUGCUCGAGCAAACGUCGAGGCUUGGGCGACGAGGGAAAACAGCCCAGUUGAAUACAAAGCACAUUUUGUACCGGCUGACCUGGAUCACACCAAGGUCAAGUUCAACCCCAAUUUCAGCAGCAACAACAAGGGUUAUCUUUCGAUGCUCCCUGCUCUACCCGAGGGGUUCGUCCUCAGUGAUGAUAGCAUCGGUGCGACUAGAUAAAAAUGGCUUGGGUCGGAUUUCAGAUCUAUGAGACUGGAUCUGAGACAGCAUGUAAUGUACGAAGUAUGUGGGCGAAGUUGUCACCUCGAUAUGUUGGCGUUUUGGUAGUCUUCUCUCACAGCAAAAUCGAGUACUGGUAUUACCAUUAUUCUGUGAAAAACAAACAAACAAACAAACAAACAAAC